AUGUCGCUUCAAGAUUUGUACUGCUUGGCCUACGCCCCUCUCCAGGGGACUUGCCUUAUGGACCUGGAGGAGGAUGAUUACACACCCGAGGUGCUGCAGAAGGAGCUUAAAUAUCUCCAGAGACUCACGGCAACUAGCCUCGAGGCGUUCAGCAAGUUUUUCGAUGGAACCGAUGUGGCAACUGCUGAAGGCGCCGCCGCCCUGUAUUGUAUGACUUCGUUCUUCAACCGUUUGCAAGUCAUAUCUUUGAGAGCCGGCACCUUGGCAGGCGAGCUCAUAGGAGUAAACAAAAUCGACUACCACGAUACGCUUAGGGAAAUCACAACCAAAGCAAAAGCUGAAGGCCUCGAGCCAAAAGAUAACAAGGAGGCUGAGUGGGAUUUCCCCACUGCUGCCAAGGGAAGGGUGGAAUUCCGACACUCUGUGUCGAUGGUGGCUCCCAAGGAUUCCGAUGGAGCGGAAGAAGGUGGCGUUUCUCACCAGCCAGUCAAGCCGGAAUUUACGAGGAAAAAAGUGCGAAAGGCAACUGGAUAUGCGAAGUUUAACUUUUCCGUAGAUGACCUCCAGGAUUCACCAAAUAAGUCCGAUGACGACACUGAGGAAACUAACGUGGGAAGAGAUAGUCGAAGUUCCGCUUCAAAGACGCCAAGUUCUGUGAUGAGUGAGUCACGGCCAUCCUCUACUGCGAAGAAAGAGGACGGCAGUCCGUUUUCCUUUUUCUGCUGCUUAUGCCCGAAUGGAGGGCGCGGGGGAAGCGACAACGAGGUGGUCAGACGCAGUUCCUCUGUGUCGUUGGGAACCGUGGAGGAAAUACAGGACAAGGACGCCGACGCUAAUUGGCACGACUCAGAACGUCAUUCGGGCCGGUUCGCGCGCAUUCGAGGUCGCAUCCCAACUGGCCAUGCAUCUCUUAUGAAGUCUAGCAGCGACGAUAUGCUCGAUCUUUUGCUGUCUGAGGAUUCCGAAGAGGGCCGUCGGGCCCGGGAGCUACUGCUGCACAACACCCAACUCAAUUCCUCCUCCCCUCCGAUUUCUGUUCGAUCGUGGGAUUGCGACUCCUCUUCAUCGCCGCGUGGCUUGAGCGGCGCGGCGACGGAGCCCAGCGAUGACAUAAGCCUGACUGAAAAUCUUACAGCCAAUGAACGGCAAGGGCAGAGCUCCGACUCUGCGCCCUUCAGUAGCUCUGGAGGCGUCCUGUGUAUCCUGGAGUGCCACAUUGCGUCUAGUAGUUGA